UGUUUGCAAAGUCGAGAUGAAGCUAGUGUUUGUGUUCAGCUUAAUUGUAGCUACCUGUUCUUCCAAAGAGCUGCCCUCCUACAUAAAAAAAUGUAAACUUUCGGAUCCUAACCUAAAAGUUGGAGAUUGCAUCGUAAACCGCAUAGGUGACCUACAACCUCGCUUACUCGAUGGAAUUCCUGAAAUGAAGUUGCCUCCCAUCGAACCAUUCCGUUUCCCCAAAUUUGAGUUGAAUACUGGAUCGAACGAAAGAAUCCAAAUAAACGCGGUUGUAACCGAUUUGGAGCUACGCGGAAUGAAAGAUAUCAUCAUUGACAAACUUGACCUUAACCUCGAAGAGAAAACCCUAGUAUUGAAAUUGAAGGUACCGGUAGUGAACACCGUCGGUAACUACGACAUCAAAGGGAAGGUGCUUAUGUUUGAGGUGAAAACUCAAGGAAAAUUUUCGGCGAACUUGACUAAUGUUCAAGCGUUAACAAAAUCAAGGUUUACCAUUGUGGACAGAGACGGAAAGAGAUACAUUCAGUUCAAGAGAAACGCCGAUGACGAAGCCGAAAAUUCAAUCGACUCGGCGAAAAUACGCUUCGACAAUUUGUUCGACAACAACGAAAUCAACGACCGCGUGAAUGCGGCGAUCAACGAGAAUGUUAUGGCGCUGUCUAAAGAAUUUGGUCCAUUUGUACACACCUCAAUUCAUAAAGUUAUUUCUGGGAUUUUGGCGCCGGUCUUCAAGGAAUAUUCCGUUGAAGAACUUUUCGAUCCAUAAGUUUGUAACGCUCUCAGCAAAUUUACUUGCUUUAUUUAAACACCAGUUUUACUUUACAAAUUUCUACUCGGCUUGCCCAAACUAACAUGAAACUUAAAAUAAAUGGGGUUCGUAAACACA